UCGGAGCGGCGUCACGGAUCCGCAGCGACAGAGAUGCUGAGGUGACAGCUCAGGGAGAAAAGGGACGAUCUCUGGCGCAUAUUCCUCCUCCGCGUCUCCACCGCCGGAGCUCAUUCCCGGGGACGGAUCCACCCCCACCAUCUUAUCCGCCAUGGCUCUCCAGCUGAUAUUGUCUCAUUAUGCAGAGGAUCUGUUCUAACCACACCCGGCUCUUCUUGUGGACCGAUCCCUGGCGGCGCAGACCCCGAGGGUUCUCCGUCUGGUUCCAAAUGCCCGGCCCAGUGUGAGGCUGCCGGUCGAGGGGAAGCAGUGAGGGGAACCGUCCCUGCUCCACAGACGGGAUGAGCGGGGGAGCAGAGGAAGCUGACAUCCUAAGCGUGCUCUCCCUGGUUAAGGACCGAUGGAAAGUGUUGAAGAAGAUCGGGGGUGGCGGGUUUGGGGAAAUCUACGAGGCCCAGGACCUGCUGACACGGGCCAGCGUGGCCCUGAAGGUGGAGUCGGCCCAGCAGCCCAAACAAGUCCUGAAGAUGGAGGUCGCCGUGCUGAAGAAGCUCCAGGGUAAAGAUCACGUGUGUCGUUUCGUGGGAUGCGGCCGCAACGAACGCUUCAACUACAUGGUGAUGGAGCUUCAGGGUCGAAACCUGGCAGACCUGAGGAGGAGUAUGACCCGGGGAACAUUCAGCAUCAGCACCACCCUGCGCCUGGGGCGCCAGAUCCUGCAAGCCAUAGAGAGCAUCCACUCCGUCGGCUUCCUGCAUCGUGACAUCAAACCGUCCAAUUUUGCCAUGGGCCGCUUCCCCAGCACCUGCCGGACCUGCUACAUGCUGGACUUUGGUUUGGCCCGCCAGUACACCAACUCUUGCCAGGAAGUCCGACCUCCUCGGCCGGUGGCCGGGUUCAGAGGAACGGUCCGCUACGCGUCCGUCAAUGCCCACAAGAAUAAGGAGAUGGGUCGUCAUGACGACCUGUGGUCCCUCUACUACAUGCUGGUGGAGUUUCUGGUCGGUCAGCUGCCGUGGAGGAAGAUCAAAGACAAAGAACAAGUGGGGAAGCUGAAGGACACGUACGACCACCGUCUGAUGCUCAAGAACCUGCCGGCGGAGUUCGGCGUGUUUCUGGAGCACAUUUCCACCCUGGACUACUUCACCAAGCCCGACUACCAGCUGCUGAUGUCAGUGUUCGAAAACAGCAUGAAAACCUACAACGUGGUGGAGAACGACCCCUACGACUGGGAGCGGACCAGCACAGACGGCACUCUGUCCAUCAGCGCCAGCGCCACCACGCCGCAGCAUCACACCCGCCUCACUCCGGCUCACAUGGGGAUGGCGAAUGCCUCCAUAAUCCCCGGCGACCUAAUGAAGGAGAACACGGACGAGGUGCUGCAGGACGAGCAGCUCAGCGACGUGGAGAAUAACCCUGCUCCUGACCGGAUGCCGGGCUCUCCGCUGCAUCCGCAUCGCAACCAGGAGGCCGACGUCUGGGAGGAGCUGGAUCGCAACCGCAACCGCAUCCGGUCGUCAGUCUGGAAGGGGGGAACGGAGGAGGAACACGGCAACAACCAGGGAAACCCGGGACACCAGAGUCCCUACGCGGGGCCGAGCCUGGGCUCCCCCGUCAAGGAGGCGGGGGCUGCAGACCGGGACGGCCCUCUGCUGAGGAAGCUCCGCAACAUCCACAGCUUUGACCUGGAGAGGCGGCUGGGCCUGGACUCCAAGCUCAGCCCGGAGCGGUUCCUGGAUCCCUGUUCGGGGAAGCAGCAGCUCGGCCCGCAGCACCAGGACAGGGAGGCGGCCGUCAUCCCCAUAACUCAGGGUCAGGCCGUGACCGCCGGGGAGCGCCCCGACAGAGUCUGGCACUACGACGAGGAGUUCCUGUCCGGUUCUCCGAAGCCGGCUUCCCCUGGAUCUCUGGAUCAGGGAGAGGGGGCGGCCAGCAGUGGGGGGUUCGUGGCCCUCAAUCUGAGCUCCGGGAGGCAGGACGUUGACUCAAAGGAGUGGGUGAUGGUGGAGCGGCCCGGCGGCUCCCCGGGGGCCAAGGCCGCCACCAGCCCUUCGGAGGAGGACGAGGAGCCGGAGGUGCUCCAGCCGGAGGGGCAGUCCCCCGGCUGGGAAAAGCUCACCCCGAGCCCCAGCGCUGCCAAAGCUAAGCCCGAGAGCUCAGCCUCCUCCAAGGGGAGCGUCAGAGUGGACAAACUGGAGCUGAGCGUGGGCCCAGCAGGGGCCCUGCCCCCGAUCACCCCGACCAGCCCCGCAGAAGCCCUGGCCGAGGGAGUCCUCACCCAGCUCCCCACCUCUCCUCCGUCUCUGCCCGAGGAGGUCAUGGUCCGGACAUCCAGCCCCGUCCCUCUGCGCUCCCCCAGCCCUCACACCCUCCUGACCACCCUGUCGGACCCCCUGCAGCAGCGCCGGCCCUGCAGCAUGAGGCGCAGCCAGUCGGCCGACCAGCAGCCGCAGCGGGAGCGGCCCUCCUCCUCCUCCUCCUCCUGCCACGCCCCCCUCCCUCUGCCACCGAGCCCCGGCCCCGCCGCCCGCUCGCCCAGCCGCCGGAGGCUGCCGGCCAUCCCCGCCGGCGCCGCCAACGCCAAGUUCCCCUCUGUCAUACGCAUCACCCGCGCUCAGCUCCAGCAGCUGACGGCUCAGCGGCCCUCUGGGCUCUCCUCUCAUUCAGGGUCGGACACUGCUCCGCAGCUCCUCCUGCUGGAGAAGCGUGGCGACGCUGAUGCUGAUGCUGAUGCUGAGGCUGAGGCUCAGCAGAUCCAGGAGCGCACUGUGGACAUCAGCUCCCCCCAGGAUCUGGGCCCCACCCGUCCGGGGACCCCGACCGACCCCCUGGCCGAGGCCGCGCUCAACGGAGACAGCCAGACUAGAGCUCAAAGCCCCGUGCCAACGCGCGUGUCCUCGCCCCGCUCGCCGCGCUCUCCCCCACUACGCUCGCCAUCCUCCCCUCGCUCCCCUCACUCCCCUCACUCCCCACGCAGCCCCGUUUUUGCCAACGGCCGCUUUUCACCUCCCGUUAUCAGCCAAAAGGAUUUGUGCAACGCAGCCCCCCCCAAGCUGAGAGACGCUGACCACGACUCCAGCCCAACCCUCUGCGCCCCAGAGCCCCAGCUGGACGAGGAGAAGGCCGGGGAUGAUGCAAACCUGGCCCCGAAACGCGUCACGGGGCCAGACUCCUCCUCCUCCCGCAGGGACCCCAGUCGCAGGCAAAGCCGCAUCCCCAUCCUGGAGCCCUCCAGCCUGCUGGACCCCCCGCCUCCAGGAUCCGCUAAGGAGAAGCUGUUUCAGAAAAGGGCCACCCACCACGGCCCGGCGCCCUCUCCCACGGCCUCGCCGUCCCUCUCGGACAGGCGCGGCCCCGCCGUGGCGUCCCUGGCCCGGGACCCGCUCUCCUCCGCCUCCGACCGCUCCCAGGACGAGGACUCUCUCAUGGGCUCCCGGUCGGACCGCCAGGGAGACGAUGGGCUGUCCCUCUCCUCCUCCUCCAGCCCGUUGUCCCGCAAGAGCAGGAUCCCCCGUCCCAUCCAGGCAGCCGCCUCCGCCGAGCAGCUGCCCGGCCACUUCCUGCCCUGCCCGCCGCCCGGGAGGCCUCCCUGUCGACCCCCAGUGGAGGGCAGGCUCAGGCGGUACCGCAUCAGGGUGGGCAGCGCCGGGGACUCGGACCUGCUGUCCUGCCUGGCCCAGCUGAUGCACGGCUCCCGCGGCUCGCCGCACCACCACCGCUCCUCCACCCAGCACGGGGGCUCCAGGACGGGCGUGUGCAGCCUGACCAGCUCCCCCCACCACCACCGCAGCUCCAGCGGCUCCCCGCGCAGCUCCUCGUCCCUGCAGCGCUCCGUCAGCUCCUCGCCCUCCCGCCACGAGCACCGGGGCGGAGGAGGAGGAGGAGGAGGUGGAGGAGGAGAACGAGGAGAACGAGGAGGAGGGGGGGGCUGCCUGGGCCUGGGCCGCAGCCACUCUCCUCCCAGCUUCUCGGGCUCGCCGCCGCCGCGCCGCUUCUACCUCCACCACCAGGAGACCUGCUGCAGCCGGCAGGCCCGCGCCACGCCCUUCCACCUGACCCGAGGGAAGGGCUGCAGCCGGGAGGGCAAGUGCUCCAGCAAGCUGAGCAGAUAGUCGCCCGGCCGGGAGGAGGCGUCGCCAUAGAAGAAGAGGAGGAGGAAGACUCCGGCAGAAAGGAUGCAAGCCAGAGUCUUCCUGCAAAGUCAGAAAAGUGUUUCCCUUUUAUGCUGAGAUUUACAAAGCUUCUCCUCGUUCUCGUCACCCUGUGGUUGCACACAGGGCGUCUCUGUCAUGUAUGUGCCCCAGCUUUCAUGCACUGAUUUAGUUUUGCUCUUUUAGGAAGCAGUGUUAAAAAAAACUGACAAAAAAAAAAAAAAAAAAAAACGGAGCUAGAAAAAUUUAGAUUUCCUUCUUUUUCCUUUUAGACGACAACAUCUUCUUCUAUUACAUUAGUCUCUCAAUGAAAGAGCCAGAGGAUAAAUCAGGGUUGCUUCUAGCUUUUCUGGGGACCGGGGGGAGGGGGGCUCGCAACCCUUUAAUAUGAUCUUUGCCAUUGCAUUUAUCUGUUACAUCUUAAAGAGCAAAUGGGCCAGACUUGUUCAUUAUAAGUUUAAAUUCAAGUCGGGUUCACAAAAUAAAGCGAGUGACCCAACGUAAGUUUUGCUGAGACUACUUUAAAUAACACGAUGGUGUAAAAUACCAUUGGAAAAAACUAUAUGAAUUUGCAAAACAGAAAGAAAAAAGCUCUUUAAGACCAUAAAAGUGCUUCACAUUCUUGCUUGUUUAGUUCUCAACAAAUAAGGACAGCUUGUUUUAUUCCUCCACAGAUUUAGUGUAGUGCAUAUUUCGGGGAGUCCUUUGUAGAGAAAUGGAGAACAUCAUAUUGGUCCGGCCAGCCAUACCAAGUCGAAUCGUAAAAAACUGGGUCUGGUACAGCUGCCGUUCACAGCCACCGGUACAAAACGUACCGAGCCGGUCGCAAUGAAGGAGGAUUGGCUUUGAUUUGAUGAAGCACUCAAGAGCAACAAUUAAAAACAACAGAGUGCAUACGAAAUGCAAAAACGUUACUGCAAAACGUUCCUACCCCCACCACACGUCUGUUGUCGAUACUUGUCAGGCUGUUGCUCUUCGUGCCUCAUUUCUUGAUGGUUUUUCUAUCCAACAACAUUGAGAGUCAGUUUCUUCUGCAUCUGUUGAUACCGAAUAAACCUGACUGAUUCUUUGUAAGAAUUGAGGAAAAGAAUAAUAAUGGCUGGCCAGGCUGAUGUCUUACCUGCGUGAUGAGCAUCAUGAGUUGAGAAAAAAUGUCAUUUUCAUCUUUUUUGUGUCUGCGUCCUGUUGCAAGUGUGACUACAGCUCCAACUAGUGAAGCCACCAAGCAUAUAUAUAUAUAUAUAUAUAUAUAUAUUGCCAGUAUUAAUGCACUUGAACCAUACUGAUGGAAUAUCAGUGUAGCUGAUCCCGUCUCAGUAGAAUAGCUUCUUGUUUUUUUGAGGUUGCAGAAUUAUUUCCCGCUGAACCGAGCUGCUCUUUGCAGUUUUGUUGAGAUGUUAGUGUUAGCGCUCUCCUCUCUCCUGUACAUGAGUACAUGACCGUUCAUGAGGACGUGUGGCUUUUAAGUCCCUCUUGGAUUAAAGUGUUUCAUUAAUCGAAGGGGUCACCCGAGGUCACCCCCUUUAUACAAUCAGUCGCGUCCGGCGUGAGGACACGCCCCUUUUUUGUGCCUACUGUGAUGCUGAGAGAAAGUCGCAACGAAGCGCUCGAACCGGGCAAAUACAGGCGAGGUCAGGCGAGGUCCGGCAUCUGCGGAGCGGCAGCAGUAACCGGAAACGAUGUACGAGCGAUGUACAGACGUGGAUGUUUAUCUCAGCGCGUGCCUUGGCACUUCGGGCAGCUCGACGAUUCACUCUGGUGUGUUUCAUAAUUAGAAAAACAAGGAGCCGGAAGCAGACUUUUGUGCCAGCAGCUCCGAGACAACCCAUCUCAUCAAUAUUCGUCUCUCUCUGUAGAUAUAGUAGCAAGGCAAGACGUUUUGUAAAUAAAACUCAGUUUGAGCAAGAGUAGCUAUUAUUGUAGUUUUGAAAGAAAAAAAAAGAAAAAAAGGAAACACACACGAGGGGGACGUUUCCCGUUUCGGCUGUCCUGUGUCGGUGCCAGGUCAGCGUGCGAGAUAAACUUUGAACUAAUGUGAAUUCCAGACCUCAGAUGGAGUUCAUGUGUACAUAUAUUUCCAUGUUCCAGCUCCAUGCCUCAGCGUUUUCAUUUCUCCCGGGUUGGAGGACGUUUCAGAGUAUUGUUUUAGCUUAGUUGAGAGUCCUCCGUUAAAGUCUCCUCCACAGCCAACCACGUCCGACAUCUCCUGCUAUUGAGAUGACUACAGCUCCUUCGCUCGCAUGCUCAACAGAAAACACAUCUGAAUGGGCUCCUGAACAAAAAGCUGCAUGAGACAGUGCUUCAUGCGCUGUGUGUUGCUGGGAAAUUAACUUCUUUUUUUUUUUUUUUUUUUUUGUUUAGCAUCAUUGUGGAGGAGAAUCUUGUGGUUUUAAGGUCUCCUGUUGAGGAAAACUACACAAUUUUCUGUGAAAUGGAUCUAGUACCCCUCAUAUUCACAGCCAUUUCCCUGGUACGAAAUGUACUGAGCCAAUUGCAACGUGGCAGGAGUGGGCCUUAUAUUAUGUUUCAUUAAGAACAGCCAGGAUGGCCAUUACGCCUUCAGUCAGCAGCAUAACCAACAACAAUCUUUCACUGGCGGUCCAACAUCACUGCGGGACAUGUUGGAUGUCAUUGUUGAUACUUUUCUGGUCCUCUCUCCGCUCUAUGUCACAUGCUUCAUUUCUCUAAUUGAUUGCAUGUCUAUCCAACGGCGUUUGUGUCCAUUGGGACUCCCCCUGUCAAUCAAAGUUGAAUCCAGAGAAACCAGACUAAUUCUUUGCGUCCAUUAGGAGAAGAACACUGCACUAAUAUUUGGCUGUAACAUUAUUUUCUAACUCAUGCAGAGUUAGAUUGCAUUUAUUUUUUGUUAUGGUCUCACUUAAGUCUUGCUUUAGGAGAGUUGGAUCUGCAUGUAAAGUCCUCUCUAGCACAUCUCACAGAUUCUUGAUUGAUUUAAGGUCUCUGUUGUGGCCAAUCUAUGUGUGUGAAAAGGAUGUCUUAUGCUCAUCUGGACGAUGAAUCCUGGUGUAUUGGAUUAGGCCGAUGCCAUUAAAUAAAAAUAAUAACUAUCGAUGAAAUAACCUGGUCAUUCAGAUUGUAUACUCAGGUAGUCAGCUGACCGGAUCAUAAAACUGGCCCCAAAUGUUGAAGCCUCAUUGAUCUUCUAUUUGGAUUUCACUAAAUGUUUAAGAUUGUUUCGGCCACAUUUCUUCCUGAAAGGUGACGUUUCACCACUUACCUUGUAGGUUUUAAUAAAGUCUUGGGCACUUAUUAACUGAAAUUCAUUAAGUCCAUCGAUCUGAUCUAAGUCGACCCUCAGAAACACGUGACGGAACGAGAAGCUCCUCAACCGCCUGGCAGGUGUCAAUCACUGCAGUACUUUUCUAUAGGGAUGCUUUUUUGGGGGGGUUUCUGUUGCUUUUUUUGACCAGGCGGUGUUUUAAGACCAAUUUUUGCAGACAGAGUUGCAGCUGGGGAGACGUGGCACAGACCCGCUGCUUCGCAGAUGUGAAAUGUGCUUGCUUUGUUCAGCUCUGGCCGGUCCAGCCUCACACAGCACCUCCGAUGACUCAUCCCCAAGGCAGACAGCGUUCAGUCAGUCAACCGCCUUAAUACCGUCUCUUCUCUGCCCCUCUCUGCACAGCGAGGGAUGACUGAGCCUUGUCUGUGCUGCAGAUGCGCUACGAGGCCAAGCCCUCCCUUUGUAGACGGCUGUCGUGGCCGUGAGCGUGGUCCAUGGAGCAUUCGUUGAUUGACAGGUGGAACAUUUGGUGAAUUUCAGGGCGCGUCGUUCAAGGUGCGUCGGUUUAUUAGUCGUGUUAUAACUGUGCUCUCAAAAAGUCAGGGCUGAGCUGAGGUUUGCAGAUUUUAAGAACUCCUAAGCUUUUAAACUUCACAACACUAUCGUGCAGAUUUUAAUAUACAUAUAAAUGUAUACCUUUAAGAUAAUCCGACUAAUAUUUGCAUAAAAAAACAGUAUUGUCAAAGCAUAAGUCGUAUUCUAACUGGCUCAGAUAAAAAGGGAGGAAAAGACACUAAACAGCGCUGCUGGUUUACAAGAUAAUCAGAUUUCUUUAUGUUUUAUUUAUUUAUUAAAUUAUUAUUAUUAUUAUUAUUGCACAUUAGUGGUGUGUAGCUGUAGUUUUAGUGCUGCUUUCCAGAUUAGAUUUUCUUUGUCACGUUUGAAAGCGGCUGUCAUAUUUGUAGUAGCUCGUUCAGAAACCCCCAGACCAACAGAACAAAGUCGAGCUCUUUCGUUUUAUAUCCAAAUGUGAAAUGGGAACUAACAAAAGCUUUGCAGUCCACUUGUACACGUCUCAUGCCAUGAUAUGGAAUUCCUUCGUAAUAACCUAUGAAUACUUGACAGAAGUUUAUUUAUUGUGACAUUUGCCCAUCAACCGUUUUGACUUCAGCUGUCAGGAUUUUUUAAUGUUUGAUAUUUUUUGUGUUGUAAUGUAUUUUAUGGUUUUGAAAUGUAACUGUACAGUCUCAAGGAAGGAAUGUAACAAGUGGCAGUUUUGCAUUGUAUAUACCUGUAAUUAUUUAUGUUUAUUUUAUCAUUUGUACCAUAUCAAUGCCUUGUACAGUGGUUUUUAUUUUCUUUUUUUCGUUUUGAAAUUAUUUUGUAUUUUAUUUUUAUAAACUGGUUAUGAAUAAAAUACUCAUUCCGCAUGCAGACAAUGACAA